UUGUACUGUUUAGACAAUAGUGUCGGACUGUUUUGAUGCAGUUAGAGAAAAUGCAACGGGGAGGUCUGAUUAUCGACUUUAUUUCCAUCGAUAGAACAUAUUCCUGUAUAAUAGAAAAUGACGCUAUAGUUGUUGGCCGGUAAUAGCUAGCCACGUUCAACUGUUUUUAGCCGUUAACUAGCCAGGGCAGGGGGCUGGCAUGUUGCAGAUACCGCAAAAGUUCUUCUCACCUCAGCGAAUAUCAAGAAUGCGUCGAGUUAACAGUGUUUACAUCAAGAAUGUGUUUACAUUAACUACCGGUAUCGAACUGAACGUUUUUUUUUUUAGGUUGUUUUGUGUGCCUCCUAGCUAAUGUCUAUAACUAGAUCGCUGUAAUAUUGCAACGCUGGCAUUUCAGGACGAAUAAGUUAUUUCUGGAGCUGCCAGUGACUCAAUCACUGAAGUCGCGGCCGAAAUGGACACUCCAAAUACACCGUCCAUGUUACUGCUAGCCUCCGCGCUGUGACGCUGCCUUUCCUUUAUCUGCUCCUUAGCAACACAGUUAGCUGAGCUAAACUUUUCCGUUUUAGUUUUCUAUGACACACUCAACUUAUGCUCGACUAGAUUCGGCGGGAUCGCUCCUCAACGAACUUCCCUAUAUGUUUCACCUGGGCCUGUUUUUUGUUAACGUUUUGAUCCUGUACUACGCCUUUCUGAUGGAAUACAUCGUCCUGAACGUGGGGAUAGUGUUUCUACCGGAGGAUAUGGACCAGGCGCUGGUGGACCUAGGGGUGCUAUCAGACCCGGCCUCCGUCCCUUACGAAACGGACACAGAACAGGAUGUGUUCGACAGUUACCUGGAGUGAGCUGGGGGCCCCAAGGCUAGAGAGGCCCGAGAGAUGCGCCGCUUCACUGGCCUGCUCCCCCGGGGGUGGGGCGAACUGGACUCCUACCGGCCUGUGGUGGUGGUGAUGAUGAUGUGGGGAGAGACUGAGACUGGAAACUCCAAGAGUAGAUUCGUGUUGGCUUGGAGCAACAUUGGCUGCAGGAAGAAAAAGUUGUCACGGCUCAAGACAAGAUACCUGGAGAGAGUCAGAAUCAACACUGGGCACAGACAGACCGGGAAAACUGGCAGACCGGACAAACUGGCAGACCGGGAAAACUGACAGACCGGACAAACUGACAGACCGGGAAAACUGACAGACCGGGAAAACUGACAGACUGGGAAAACUGACAGACCGGACAAACUGACAGACCGGGAAAACUGACAGACCGGGAAAACUGGCAGACCGGACAAACUGACAGACCGGGAAAACUGACAGACCGGACAAACUGACAGACCGGGAAAACUGACAGACUGGGAAAACUGGCAGACCGGACAAACUGACAGACCGGUAAAACUGACAGACCGGACAAACUGACAGACCGGGAAAACUGACAGACCGGGAAAACUGACAGACCGGGAAAACUGACAGACCGGGAAAACUGACAGACCGGGAAAACUGACAGACCGGGAAAACUGACAGACCGGGAAAACUGACAGACCGGGAAAACUGACAGACCGGGAAAACUGACAGACCGGGAAAACUGACAGACCGGACAAACUGACAGACCGGGAAAACUGACAGACCAGACAAUUCAUAGCGAAGGUACAGCUGCCUGUCAAAACUGUCUAACUGUGGCCAAUCAACAAGCAGAACUGUCUAAUUGUGUCCAAUCAACAUGCAGAACGGACUGUGGCCAAUCAUCAAGCAGAACUGUCUAACUGUGGCUAACCUUUAACGUAGCAGACGUAAAAAACACAAGGGCUGAAACUAGAUCCCCCUACAUACUGGUCUUAACUAGAAGAAAAAAUAACUGUUGGGGGAGGUUCUCUUCUGCACUGUUCAACCAAUCCAGUAAAUGUGGAGGAGGAGUUAAGAUGGAGUGUCUCCUUGAUAAUGUCCAAAAGCGGAAGUAGCGUCACAGGCUCUCUUUCCAUUUCCCCCUGAAAACCAGAACAUCCGGUUGUUGGGGACUCGGAAGAGACUAAUCGACAAGCAGAACUGUCUAACUGUGGCUAAUCGACAAGCAAAAUGGACUGUGGCCAAUCAACAAGCAGAACUGUCUAACUGGCUAAUCAACAAGCAGGACUGUCUAACUGGCUAAUCAACAAGCAGGACUGUCUAACUGGCUAAUCAACAAGCAGGACUGUCUAACUGGCUAAUCAACAAGCAGGACUGUCUAACUGGCUAAUCAACAAGCAGGACUGUCUAACUGGCUAAUCAACAAGCAGGACUGUCUAACUGGCUAAUCAACAAGCAGGACUGGCUAGCUGGAUAAUCAACAAGCAGGACUGUAACUGGAUAAUCAACUAGCAGAACUGUCUAACUGGCUGAUCAACAAGCAGGACUGUCUAACUGGCUAAUCAACAAGCAGGACUGUCUAACUGGCUAAUCAACAAGCAGGACUGUCUAACUGGCUAAUCAACAAGCAGGACUGUAACUGGAUAAUCAACUAGCAGAACUGUCUAACUGGCUGAUCAACAAGCAGGACUGUCUAACUGGCUAAUCAACAAGCAGGACUGUAACUGGCUAAUCAACAAGCAGGACUGUAACUGGAUAAUCAACUAGCAGAACUGUCUAACUGGCUGAUCAACAAGCAGGACUGUCUAACUGGCUAAUCAACAAGCAGGACUGGCUAGCUGGCUAAUCAACAAGCAGGACUGUCUAACUGGCUAAUCAACAAGCAGAACUGGCUAGCUGGCUAAUCAACAAGCAGGACUGUCUAACUGGCUAAUCAACAAGCAGGACUGUCUUAACUGGGUAAUCAACAAGCAGGACUGUAACUGGCUAAUCAACAAGCAGGACUGUCUAACUGGCUAAUCAACAAGCAGGACUGUCUAACUGGCUAAUCAACAAGCAGGACUGUAACUGGCUAAUCAACAAGCAGGACUGUCUAACUGGCUAAUCAACAAGCAGGACUAACUGGCUAAUCAACAAGCAGGACUGUCUAACUGGCUAAUCAACAAGCAGGACUGUCUAACUGGCUAAUCAACAAGCAGGACUGGCUAGCUGGCUAAUCAACAAGCAGGACUGUCUAGCUGGCUAAUCAACAAGCAGGACUGUCUAACUGGCUAAUCAACAAGCAGGACUGUCUAACUGGCUAAUCAACAAGCAGGACUGUAACUGGCUAAUCAACAAGCAGGACUGUAACUGGCUAAUCAACAAGCAGGACUGUCUAACUGGCUAAUCAACAAGCAGGACUGUAACUGGCUAAUCAACAAGCAGGACUGUCUAACUGGCUAAUCAACAAGCAGGACUGUAACUGGAUAAUCAACUAGCAGAACUGUCUAACUGGCUGAUCAACAAGCAGGACUGUCUAACUGGCUAAUCAACAAGCAGGACUGUAACUGGCUAAUCAACAAGCAGGACUGUCUAACUGGCUAAUCAACAAGCAGGACUGUAACUGGAUAAUCAACUAGCAGAACUGUCUAACUGGCUGAUCAACAAGCAGAACUGGCUAGCUGGCUGAUCAACAAGCAGGACUGUCUAACUGGCUAAUCAACAAGCAGAACUGGCUAGCUGGCUAAUCAACAAGCAGGACUGUCUAACUGGCUAAUCAACAAGCAGAACUGGCUAGCUGGCUAAUCAACAAGCAGGACUGUCUAACUGGAUAAUCAACAAGCAGAACUGUCUAACUGGCUAAUCAACAAGCAGGACUGUCUAACUGGCUAAUCAACAAGCAGGACUGUCUAACUGGCUAAUCAACAAGCAGAACUGUCUAACUGGCUAAUCAACAAGCAGAACUGUCUAACUGGCUAAUCAACAAGCAGAACUGGCUAGCUGGCUAAUCAACAAGCAGGACUGUCUAACUGUGGCCAAUCAACAAGCAGGACUGUCUAACUGUGGCCAAUCAACAAGCUCUAGAGAACUGACCUAGGAUCAGUCAACCGUACAGGACAGUAUUGUAGCGCUUAUUAACUCUGGGUCUAGAGAACUGACCUAGGAUCAGCAUUAUGUCCAGUGCAUUUCUUUUAGUAAAUGUUUAUUUGUAAGUCCAUAGACAGUGCGCAGCAGGACAGGACUGGAGUCCCUAUCAUCAACCAAUCCUGCUUCAGGUUCUUCUACACUUCUGGGAAUGUUACCAAUAAUAAGACUGUUUUAACAAGCGGAACAGCAGCGGUUAUUUCCGGUUUGUUUCUGAAAGUUAAAGCUGGCUAGCUGAACGACCCUGCUGUGUAGUGUAGCUCUCAGGUGUGGACUGGAGAAGUGUCUGUUGUCUAUUAAAAGACAUGAUCGUGGCCUGGUCCUCCACCUGUCCUUCUUUACCCGAUGUGUUCAUCCUGGCCACUGUCAUGGGUGAUCUAGGAUCAGCUUGCCAUCCACCGAGCCUAACCUUAGCUGUUAGGGGUGGAAAAAGGGCAGGAACUGUCCUUUAAGAUCAGUUCAUGUUGCCUCUGGUGUCUGCCUAUCUACAGUACUGUAUCAGCUUGGUUCUGAUCAAUAACCCUCCACAGACCAGCUGCUAGGGAGACCCCCGGGCUGUUUCACUGCUAAGCUCUUCCUUCCCCCAGGCUAACAGCUCCCAGCCAGCACUGGGCUUGGCAGAACGGAUCUGGUGAACGAAGGUGACUCUACCGCUAGUGUUCAAUCGAUCUCUAUGCUAUAACGGUUCAUAAGGGAUUGGAAUGGAGUGGGUUUAUAAUGUAGGGCUGUCCCUCUGCUCAGUAGGCUUUGUGUUAUAAUGGAGGCCAGGGGGGACAGGAGUCUCAGCCCAACCACCCGUAGCUACCAGUAACACCCACCUGGGGGGGACGACCCCCAGGGCCCUUCAUGGCCAAUAGAACGCUCUGAUGCCACGCGCACCCAACGCACGGCAGCCAUUUUAAACCAGAACUUCCACCAGCACACGUCAGCUGACAAGUAGAGAGGUGAGGAGGACAUCUUGCAUUCCUGUUGGUCACAUCCUGUUCAUCCUCAUUAGAUAUCCACCCAACGCACGGCAGCCAUUUUAAACCAGAACGUCCACCAGCACACGUCAGCUGACAGGUAGCAUCCUCUUCAUCCUCGGUAGACAUCCAGCCCAGCACCAGCCUUGACCCCUCACUCCCCCCUCACAGAGAAGGACCUGCACAGUGUGUUAUAAGAAGCUAUGAUGUGUUAUAAGAAGCUAUGACGUGUUAUAAGGAGCUAUGACGUGUUAUAAAGAUCUGUGUUCUAAGCUGUGACGUGUUAUAAGAAGCUAUGAUGUGUUAUAAGGAGCUAUGACAUGUUAUAAGAAGCUAUGACGUGUUAUAAAGAGCUAUGACGUGCUAUAAGCGUUCACACAAAGGUUCAUAUUCCAAUGCAUAUUUAAUAAACAAUCGAUGAGUGGAUGAA